AUGCAUAUCCCCCCUGCAAUUCCAUCUUACCCGCAUCCUCCUCCUCCAUCCUACACACCGCCCCCUAAAGUUUCACCACCUGCACCAGCACCCUCUCCUGAGGUCCCACCACCUUACCAUCCGCACCCGCCUCCCGUCCCCGCUCCACCACCGCCAUCAACAAAGAACAUCGUCAUCAUAGCAGUGGUGGUUCCAUUCGCGGGGCUUCUCUUGCUCGGCCUCCUCGUGGGGCUCCUCCUGCUCGCGUGGCGGAAGCAGCGGGCGGAGGAGGACGCGGUGGUGGAGGAGGACGUGGACGUGGUGGUGUCGGAGCACGUGCGCGUGCAGGAGCACGUCGUGCUCGGGCCGUCGGGGCAGCUCCUCAAGGUGAUCGACAUCGAUGAUGAGGUCGACGUGAAGGAGCAUGUCAUCAGGCACGAGCAUAACGAGGUUACGGAGAAGUGA